AUGUCGACUAGUCAUUCGGACUAUGCAUAUGACCCCCACAAAACCCCAGAGUCUACUCCGCAAUCCGCUCCGAUGAGCGAGACCGCACCGCCGGGAUCGUCGCUUAUUGGCGGCGCGACAAAACAAAUUGCCGCAAAUCAUACAUCCACCAUGAACAAACCAAAGAAUACCGAUAAAAAGGUGGAAAAGCGUUCCUUGGACUAUGUGGUUAAGAGUGGAAUCGCGGGAGGACUGGCGGGGUGUGCGGCUAAGACCGUCGUAGCGCCGCUUGACCGUGUGAAGAUCCUCUUCCAAGCAUCGAACCCUCAAUUCACCAAAUAUACGGGUAGCUGGACUGGCCUGGCCGCAGCGAUUCGAGAUAUUAAGCGCACCGAAGGCGCCAGAGGCCUGUACAAGGGCCAUUCAGUGACUUUACUCCGCAUCUUUCCAUACGCCGCAAUCAAGUUCCUUGCAUAUGAGCAAAUCCGUGCCGGUAUCAUUCCUUCCCGCGAACAAGAGACACCAUUCCGCCGCCUGAUUUCCGGAAGUUUAGCCGGCGCCACCUCUGUCUGCUUUACAUACCCAUUGGAAUUGAUGCGAGUGCGAAUGGCCUUUGAGACAAGACAAUCGCAUCGCUCAGGGUUGUUGGAUAUCUGGCGCCAGAUCUACUAUGAACGCCCUCGACCCGCGCCAACCCAUUCAGCUGCGGCCGCCGAGUCUUCUUCCGUCGCUGCCGCUGAGAGUGCUUCCUCAGCUGUAUCAAAAGUCGUCCCGCGCACUGGAAUCUCCAACUUCUACCGUGGCUUUGCCCCCACUAUCCUUGGAAUGCUUCCAUACGCCGGAAUGUCCUUCCUCACUCACGACACAGUGGGUGACAUCUUCCGUCUCCCCGCUUUCGCACCUUAUACCCUCAGACAGCUAUCAGAGUCAGAUGUCUCCCCACAAAGCGCCUCUCGCCCACCACUGAACACCACGUUCGAGCUUUUGACGGGUGCUGUGGCCGGUCUGGUAUCGCAGACCUGCUCAUACCCGGUCGAAGUACUCCGUCGUCGCAUGCAGGUCGGUGGUGCAAUCGGCGAUGGCCACCGACUUGGAAUGGCUGAAACGGCUCGUACAAUCUGGCUUGAGAGAGGCUUCAGAGGGUUCUGGGUCGGACUCACUAUUGGAUACGCCAAAGUUGUACCCAUGGUUGCAGUAAGCUUCUAUGUUUAUGAGCGAGCCAAAGGGUGGAUUGGAAUCAACUAA